CGGAUUCGCGACAUCGAAGAGCCGUCCGAGAGGAAAUCCGACGACUACGAUUACAAAAUCAUCGGCUCGGGCGUUGUUGGGCACCACGAGAGCCCGCUGGAUUACGACGACUCGUAGCCGCUGCACGCUAACGCGGUCGAAGAACUCGAGUGCUCUCUAACGAACUAUAUACAGUGAGGUGCGCGAUAUGACGAACGUUGCUGGAGAUUUACAAGUGUGACUUCGAUCGCCGAUUCAUUAUUUAUUCUCGCGAAUCUUGUAAAACUAAAAAGUAAAUCGAGUAUUUAGCCUAAUAUUAAACCUAAGGUUGUUCAUGUUUGCAAGGAACAUUGCUUUGGAUGCAAUUUCUAGAUGUUAGCAACGUUUCCAAUAAUAAAAUGGUGCCCAGCUGCGCAACACGUCGAGUAAGGAAAUGCAACAGAGAAAAUUCACAAAUGAUGUAAUUUUUCAUGUCAGCUAAAGUGCGAGCGUGCCAGUGAUACGAGCAGCCGCAUGGCAUCGAGCGCAAGUAGAGAUUACUGAGAAAUUUAGCGAGAAGCUUCGGAGAUACUGAUAAUAAAGUCGCGACUGGCGAGUCGAUAAAAGGUCGGCGCGACCGAGACGUCAGCAAUAGUGUAGCACAGGAACGAUGAUCAACGAGAAGUGUAAUUGUAAUAACUACGAGAGAGGUGACCAUAGCUCUCCCUUAAUAAAACUGGAUCUACCGGAGUACGAGGACUACCGUUACCGAGGAACCAGUCAUACGGUUCGUCGAGCGUUACGCAUCGUCAGCUAUGUGGCUGUUUUAAUACUGCUGUCCUACGCGUUAUGGCGCAUCAGAGCAAUCGAGUCGAAGAUUGAAGCCAGCGACAGAUUGUUGAACAUCACGCGUAAGCUACAAACGAGCGAUGCCAUCCAUAAUCGUAACACAAGAUCGAUUCAGGAGCAAAUGCUUAUGAACUCAUUCGGAGAUGAGAAAAGUACGUUGGGCAAGGACGUAAAGCCAUGGAAGAAACCGACGAACAAAGGCGAAUUCGAUGAGUUGGUGAAUAAUUUGUUCGGUAAGAUCAAAGCUAUGCACGACGAUCCCGACCGAGGACACUUUGACCGCAACAUGAAGGCUGUGUUUCAAGCGUGGUUUCCCGUUUUCGACGCCUUGUUACCGAAAGAACUGAAGGAGGAUAACGAAACGAGGCAAACUCGUGAGGCUAGAGAGGAAUACUUUUACGAGUUUAGACGAGAAAAGGCACCAGGAACAGGGCAGGGACAAUGGCAGCACGUCUGACGAAAAUAACAGCGAUGAAUCCGAUAAAAAGGAGACAAGGCCUGGCGGGUCAAUAGAAAUUAGCAAAACUUACAUCAAGCCUACAUAGAUCAAAAGUCUCGUACUCGUGUGAAAAUGAUACUGUUACGCGAAAAAUGAUACGUAAAUUUUAAGCUGUAUAUACGUAAGCGCAUUUAGAUUAAAAGAAAAAGCUAU